AGAGGCUCUCAUUGGUUGAACGAAACACACUCGAUUGCAGUUGUCUUUCAGCGUGGAUAGUCCGAGAAAAGAUGGCGAACUGGUGUGUACGUGCGGUCAGACAAAGUUAUUCUGUAUUAGCAUCCCCUACACUUGUAAGGGUCGCUCCACGUCGUCUUUGCACUGCAGCCCAGCAGAAAAGUUCAGGAACUGGAACUGAUGAAGACAAUGGUACUCCGAAGCCAGAGCUUAGUGCAACAGAAAAAGCAUGGGCAGAGGAAAAGAUACAACUAGAAGAACAGCUGAAAGAUGUUACGGAUAAAUACAAGCGGGCACUAGCUGAUACUGAAAACUUAAGGCAAAGGAGUCAAAAGAUGAUUGAUGAUGCUAAACUCUAUGGAAUCCAGGGCUUCUGCAAAGAUCUCUUGGAGGUAGCAGACAUUUUGGAAAAGGCAACAGAAAGUGUACCAAAAGCGGAAAUAACAUCUGCAAAUCCUCACUUGAAAAACCUCUACGAUGGUCUUGUAAUGACUGAGGUUCAGAUUCAGAAGGUCUUCAACAAACAUGGACUCAUAAAGCUUAACCCUGAUGGUCGGAAAUUUGAUCCUUAUGAGCAUGAGGCUGUCUUUCAUGCACCUGUGGAUGGCAAGGAGCCAGGUACCAUAGCAAUAGUCACCAAGGUGGGCUACAAGCUGCAUGGCCGCACCCUCCGGCCAGCUCUGGUGGGUGUGGUCAAAGCCCCCUAACUGGUUGUCAUACAUUAAGGUUUUGAUGUGUUAUUGCCUGGAUAACAGAUCAGCUUUUGUACGUUAGCUGGUCUAUGUUCCACUUUUCUGUUGAAGGGGCCUCUGAGAGGCAAAAUCCAAGAUAUUUACAACUGAAGGACAGUGCAACACUAAUGCUAUUGUCCAGUUAAUUAUUGUUAAUUAAGAAUAUAUAAAAAAUGUGAUAUAUUUUAAGAGCUUUGUGUAUAGGCGGUAGAAGAUGCACAGAGUCUUUAAUUAGCUGUGACAAUUUUAAUAUGGGUAGGAGCACCAUUCCAUAGACCUUGGGAAAAGUAAAUAUACUUCCAGGAAGACUUUACAAAAAAACAUUGCAUCUUAUUAAAGAGUGUAUUAAACGCCCUUUUCCUAUUUGUACUUAUUUGCUCUUAAACUAAAUGAAUUGUGAUGAAGACAUUACCAGUACAGCACCACCAUGUUCCAUGUUGUUAAUGGGAACGAUCAGGCAGUUCAGGUUGGUACAUUUUUUUCCAAUGUUAAGCAGAUUUUCACUGAAGAAAAAACUGUUUAUUGCUUUACAAAAUUGAUGGCAACGUUUUAUUCCAAAUUGUUUUAUUCUUUUUCAUUCUGACUUAAAACCAAAAUUUAGUGCUCAAACCUGAUCAAAUAAUUGAAGUUGCAGAGUUUAUGUUCACCACAACCUGAACAACCAAAAAUCAUAAAUACUCCUAAGGUCAAUAAAUAGUUUUUUAAAGACUAUGGAGAAAAAGUGAAAUGGUGGUUGCAAUAUAAAUGCACUGAUGGAGUGUGAACAGCUCAAAUACUACAUUCGAUUUCUCUGUAGGAGCAAACAGAUUAAAAUAAAGCAUGUACUUCUAUGCAAAUGCAGUGCUCACU